ACCGUUUUGAUUUCUUGCGCUCUCCUCUUUCAUUUGAUUUUUCUCGUUUCACGGGUCUGCAGCUCCAGUAGUCGCCGACCGUGCUGCAAGUCCGUGGUGCCCAAUCGGUGUGUGUUCAGUCAUGAAUUUGAUGCAGACCGAGUAACCGGCCAGGCAUGGAGAGAACACGGGUUGCUAAGGUUGAAGAUGUGACCUUGGCGCGCCGAGGCGAGCAAGUGGUCGGCACUCUCCACCUCACCCCUCACCAUAUUAUCUUCUCUCACACUCCUCCUCCUCCUCCUUCCUCCUCCACCGAUGCGUCUCAGGCUCCGGGCCCUUCUGGUCGGCCAAAAGAGCUUUGGAUCACAUACCCCAUAAUCUCCUUGUGCACCUGCCGCCCCACCCCCGCCGCAUCCCGCCAGCCGUCCUCCAUUCGUCUCCGGUGCCGUGAUUUCACCUUUGUCUGCUUCUAUUUCACCACGGAGAGCAAGGCGCGUGACGUUUACGAAACCAUCAAAUGCUGGACCUGUAAAGUGGGCCGCAUUGAUAAGCUGUACGCUUUCUCAUACCGCCCUCCCCCUCCUGAACAGAAAUUCAAUGGUUGGGAACUGUACAAUCCUAGCAAAGAAUGGGCUAGACAAGGCGUCGAUCAGGCUGGUUCUGGAUGGCGGAUCUCUCAACUGAAUACAGACUACGGGUUUUCUGCCACCUAUCCAGCUCUUCUACCGGUCCCCUCGGCCAUUUCUGACAAUACACUUAAUCACGCCGGAAAGUAUCGGUCCCGAGCGAGAGUGCCAGUUCUUACAUAUCUUCAUCCGGUGAACAACUGCUCAAUCACACGGAGCUCACAGCCUCUUGUCGGUGUGCGACAAAAUCGCAGCAUUCAAGACGAAGCGUUGCUAGCGGCUAUCUUUUCAACCUCGCGCUCAGAGAGACCUCUUGCAAGCUUCACCCCGCCUGGCUUCGAUUCGGAUUCCUCCAAUUCGACCCCAGGAAACGCUUCACGCAGUCAUAUGCUGGCUGAUCUGACUGUCCCUGAUGACUUGGAAGAUGAGUUGUUGAGCCCUGUCCGCGAGAAUCCGGAGGGGAAAGCCCAAGUUUAUGGUGCCCAGCAGCACAAUCUCAUUGUUGAUGCUCGUCCCACGGUCAAUGCCUUCGCCAUGCAAGCUGUUGGGCUUGGAUCGGAGAACAUGGACAACUACAAAUUUGCCACCAAGGCUUACCUUGGAAUUGACAAUAUCCAUGUGAUGAGAGACUCAUUGAGCAAGGUGAUUGAUGCGCUCAAGGAUUCAGAUGUAACCCCACUGGGUCCUAAUAAAGACCAACUUGCACGGAGUGGAUGGCUAAAGCACAUUUCCGGAAUUCUAGACGGUGCUCGGUUGAUCGCUCGGCAGGUUGGUCUCCAGCAUUCGCACGUCUUGAUUCACUGUUCCGAUGGAUGGGAUCGUACGAGUCAGUUGAGUGCACUGAGCCAGAUCUGCCUUGAUCCUUACUAUAGGACGAUGGAAGGCUUUAUGGUACUGGUGGAGAAAGAUUGGCUAUCCUUCGGUCACAUGUUCCGACACAGAUCAGGACACCUGAACAGUGAGAAGUGGUUCCAAAUCGAGAACGAGCGGAUUGGGGGUGAUUCCAACCGUGGGUUUGGCGAAGGCGGUGGCGCAGGCAGAGCUCUUGAGAAUGCGUUCUUAAGCGCCAAAGGAUUCUUUAAUAGAGAUAACAACAGCCGCGACGCAAUCGGAGAAUCAGAUGGGGAGAUGCAAAGCUACGACGCAGAAAAUCUGAAGAAGCCUAACAAUGCUUUACCCCGAACCGCCGCCGCCGACAAGGAGGUUACCAAGGUGAAGGAGACGAGUCCAGUCUUCCAUCAAUUCCUUGAUGCAACGUAUCAGUUGCUGUACCAAUAUCCUACCCGAUUCGAAUUCAACGAGCGGUUCCUGCGCCGUCUUUUAUACCACCUCUAUUCAUGCCAAUUUGGAACCUUUCUUUUCAACAGUGAGAAAGAACGCGCAGAUUGGAACGCGAAGGAACGAACUCGGAGCGUGUGGGACUACUUUCUGGCGCGGAGGGAGCAGUUUACCAAUCCACAGUACGAACCUCAGAUCGACGACCACAAGCGUGGACAGGAGCGACUGAUCUUCCCCCGAAUCAACGAGGUCAGAUGGUGGAGUGAGUCGUUUGGUCGCACCGAUGCGGAGAUGAACGGCGUGCGGUCCUCUGGUUCUAGGCCACCCAUUGGGCGUGAUGCGACUAGUACUCAGCCAUCACCAGUGCUGACCGGAAUUGAAACCGCUAAUCAUUCUCUCGGCGCUGGAUCGUCUGGGAAAGAUACUUUAAGUGCAGCCUCCACUGGAAUGGCGGCAGUAACUGCGGGAAUCUCGAAUCUAGCCUUCCCUAAGAGCAAAGAGGACGGGCAGGAUCCUAAGAGCUUGAAUCGGAUGGAAGUGGAGAUGCAGUAGCCCACGCAACGAAAGCUGUGAUGAUGUGGUUACGAGGCAGUGGAUCAUGGUGCACGAUCUGGGUAUGCCCGGCUCGAGCAAGAAAUUUCGUAUCAUCUCUGCGACGUAUGCUUGUGGAUCUAGUGCGUGCUUGGGACGUUGCAUCUCCGGGGAAGUAGAGUACAGUUUACAGUCAGACAGAGAGACAGAGAGAAGAUUAUGAUUAAAUGAAUACAAAAGAGCGGGAACCAGCAGAAUGCAUACAGAUGCUGGAGUCGGGAUAUGGG